AUGGGGCGCUUAGUGGCUCUGCUGUCUGUGUGCUUGACUCUGAUCUGUCUGUCUUCUGUCUAUGCUCAGCCAUCUCCUAAGGUCCAACAAAGAAUCUCUGCUGCAAUCAAGGCUGCAGCGAACUCGACGAACAUCGACUAUACGGCUUUUGUAAACCCGUUCAUUGGUACAGAUAAUGAUGGAGAUGUUUGCCCUGGAGCGUCUGUUCCUUUCGGCAUGGCCAAAUUCUCGACAGACUUGACCGGAUACGCUCCAGCAGGAUAUAUCGUGGAUCCAACUCAGAAAAUCCGUGGGCUGAGUCCACUACAUGACAGUGGAACAGGAUCAUCAUUGGGAUCGUAUGGUAACUUCGAGAUCAUGCCACUGUUAUGUCCUAGAGGCUUCCACACCUGCACCACACUACUCACUGCCCGUGAACGGUUCCGGAAGAAUAAUACUGACGAUGCUUCUCCCGGAUACUUCGCCCAAACACUCGAUAACAAUAUCAAGAUGGAAGCCACGUCAACCCGUCGCGCCGGCCUAGAACGCUUCACCUUCCCAAAAGGCAGCAAACCAUACUUCGCACUCGACCUCGCAAAUGACUUGCCUGCGAGCUUUGCGGGCGGUACGAUGGAUUUGGAUCCUGAGAAAGGUCGUGUGACCAUUGGUGGAUUUUGGGGAUCAAGGGAUUACUUCGAUAGUUUCGGACCACCUUCGUUUCAUUAUCAGGCUUUUGCGUGUUAUGAUCUUCUGAGUAAUGCUAAUGGGACGCAGAAGUUGGAUGAAUAUGGCAUGUGGACUGGUGACACGUUCGGGCUCGACCAAAAAGCUCUCGGGGUGACGCACCUCAACCUUUCUAUCGACCUAAUCGGCGGAGCACCUUACCAAUCCGGCGCACUAUUCUCCUUCGCGAACAACACGCAAGACCCAAUCAUAAUCCGAGUCGGAGUUUCGUUCGUCUCUGCAGACCAGGCAUGUGCAAAUGCCGAGUCUGAAGUCGGUGAUGCGAGCUUUGAGGAGAUCGUUUCGAGGUCGAAGGCACUUUGGCAGGAUAAGCUGAGGAGGAUUGAGAUUGAUGUUGCGAAUACGCCACCGAAUGUGACGGAGAUGUUGUAUUCGUCGCUUUAUAGGUCGUUUUUGACACCGAAUAAUGCCACGGGAGAAACGCAGGGACCGUUUGCUAAUACGACCUCACCGUACUUCGAUUCUCUUUAUUGCAGUUGGGAUACGUUCCGCACAUUCUAUCCAUUAAUGGCUCUGCAUUCACCCGCCGACUUUGCCGAGAUUGUCGAGAACUACAUCGAUGGAUGGAGGAAAACGGGCUGGAUGCCAGAAUGCAGGUCGAACAAUGUUCCAGGGUACACUCAAGGAGGCUCGGAUGGCGACAACAUCGUAUCGCACUUCGCGAUUACUUAUCAUAAUGAAGCGGCACAGCUUGGUGUUGACAUUAACGAGUUGUACUCGGCGUUGAAGACGGAUGCGGAGGUAAAUCCUCCAGAGUGGAACAUACAUGGUCGACAGGUCAAUGUUUACAAGCAAUACGGAUACGUUCCGUAUGCCGUGUUCGACCCUGCCAGUACUGGUCGGCAAACUCGUGAGGGCAGUCGAACUCUAGAAUAUGCAUUCAACGACUUCGGUGUACGACAGGUCGCUCUGCUACUCGGCAACAAAGCCGAUGUCGAAACAUACACCAACCGUUCUCUCUUCUACCGAAAUGUAUGGGAUCCAAACGUCCGAAGCGACGGCUUCAAAGGUUUCAUGGAGAAACGGUUCCCCAACGGUACCUUCGUCGAACUUAACCCGAUCGAUUGUUCUCCGCAGGACAACACCAGCCGGCCGUGUUCGUUAACGGCGGAUAACGAGAAUGGUUUUUAUGAGUCUUCGUCGUGGGAGUAUUCGUUCUUCGUUCCACAUGAUACGGCGCAUUUGAUUGAGCUUAUGGGAGGGAAUGCUACGUUCGUGAAACGCCUCGACCACUUCUUCAGCGCGGGUUACUUCGCAGCCGGGAACGAGCCAUCCUUCCAGACGCCUAUUGGUUAUCACUACGCUAAUCAACCAGCCAAAUCCGUCGACCAAGUCCGCAACGUAGUGUUCUCCAACUUCGACAUCACACCUGCUGGUUUACCUGGGAACGAUGACCAAGCCGCCAUGGCGACGCUUCUCAUCUUCCACCUUCUCGGUUUGUACCCAGUCCCAAGCACAUCCCAACUCCUAAUCCUCUCCCCCUUCACACCAAAAUACACAAUCCACAACACAUACCUCAACACCUCCACCACAGUCACAGUACACAACUUCUCCCCUCACUCCAUCCAACACACCAUCCCCAAGGGUGUCCCCGCAUACGUCUCCAACGUCACUGUAAACGGUAAACCGACGGAAUCGAGAUGUCAUUUUGAUUUUUAUGAUACGUUUAGGUUGGGAGGGGAGAUUGAGAUUAUGUUGAGUGCUGAUAGGGAUGGAGUGGAUAGUUGUGCGGGGAGGUUGCCGGAGUCGAUUUCGACGGGUGGGUUUGCUAGUGUUAGGUAA